AUGGCCGAAAUAAGUAAAAACAGGAAACAGUUAAAGAGAAAGUUUAUAUCUCUCGUGGACAAAAUCGAAAUUUUGAAUCGUUUGAAGAAUGGAGAAAAAAUAUCGUCUGUUGCAAAAUCGUUGAAUUUGAACGAAUCUACGGUUCGGACUUUGAAGAAGAACGAGGAAAAAAUAAGGAAAACUAUCGCAAAUGGUUGCCCAUCUGGUGCGAAGCGCGUUACUCGUACACGACACGUUAAUAUGGUUAAAAUGGAACGGGCUCUGAUGAUCUGGUUGGAGGACUGUAUAUCCAAAAAGGUACCUGUGUGCGGGAAUCUUAUCAAACAGAAAGCACUUAAAAUCUAUGAGCAUUUUAAAGGAGUUGACCAUCGUUCUUCAGAGCGACACAGCCAUAGGUUUACUGCAAGCACAGGGUGGCUGCAAAAGCUAAAGAAAAGGUACUCCUUGCACGACAUCAAAUUUCAAGGAGAACGGGCUGAAGCUGAUGCUGAGGCUGUCAAAAAAUUUCGAAUGGAGCUCCCUCGAAUUAUCGAUGAAGGGGGAUAUGCACCAGAUCAGAUUUUUAAUGCCGACGAGACAACAUUGUAUUGGAAAAAACUCCCAUCUCGGAGCCACAUUUCAAAAAAUGAAAGGCAGACUUCAGGGUUUAAAGCAUCUAACCAACGCAUCGCUCUGUACAUGUGUUGCAAUCUAUCAGGAAGUUUGUUAAUGAAACCUAUGGUAAUAAAUUUCUCAACACCUCGAACUUUUAAAAAUAUUAAGAUGUCCGAGUUGCCUGUAUUUUGGCGAACUAAUAAAACAGCGAGGAUGACUGAAGACUUACUUAAGGAUUGGUUUUAUAAUUGCUUUAUCCCUCGAGUGGCAAGCUAUAUGACUGAAAAAAAUUUUAGUUUCAAAAUCUUGUUGAUUCUCGAUAACGCUAGUAGAUACAGCGAGGAACUGAAUCACCCAAAUGUGAAAAUUGUUUAUCGUCCAAAUUACGCUUCAUUGACACAGUCGCAGGACCAAGGAGUCAUCCGGACUUUCAAAACGUACUACGUACGCCAAUUUUUUCGAGACAUUUUCAACCGAUUAGAAAACCACGAAGGUAAAACCCUUCUUCGAGUUUGGAAAGAAUUUUCUAUUUUAGACUGCGUUCGAACUGUCUCGUUAGCUUGCGCGGAAAUUAAAUCGUCGACGCUUAACGCGUGUUGGAGGCCUCUUUUACCUCGAAUGGUUCGAAAGGGAAACGAUAUUUCGGCUCUACUUGCAGAAAUAGUAAACGUUGCUUCUGCUUUGGGCAGUGAAGGAUUUUCGGAUAUAAACCGCGAAGAUAUAGAAGAACUGCUUCGGGAAGAGAGUCUAAACGAGGAGGAAUUGGUGGAAUCAAUCGACGAGUCUACCUCGAAUUCGUUUGUGGAAGAAAACGCGGAUAACGAAUUCGUUUCGAACUUCGGCUGCGAUGUAAAAAGAGGGCUGGAUUUGGCUAAAGAAUUGGAAGGUUGCUUAACUCGAAAUGAUCCUUCAACGACGCGCGGCGCAAAAUUUAAAAGAGAAUUUCAGAAUUGCUUGGCUCCGUAUAAAGAGGUUUUGGAAGAACUGCAAAAUAAAGCUACCUUUGAAAACCGAGAAGAAAAUUUGCAAAGUGAGAAAGAUUUUCUGCCAAUUAGAAAAAAGAGGGUUAGACUGCAAAUAUUUGACCGUGAUGAUGAAUAA